AUGGCGUCAUUCUCUGGACGUCAUCUUAACACCGACGGAAGCGCCCUUCGAAGUGUGGAUAAUUCGGCCGCCAGUUCGUUUUAUCAAUUUUUUGUGCUUAUGUGAAUUCUUAAAACAUAUUUUACUAGUAUCUAUGACGAUUUUGUUAUUCAGGUACUGUUCACGUUGACAAACAAGGAGACGUCGCUGUUCUGAAGAUUGACCUUCCUAACACAAAGGUUUUUCUUCCACUAACCUAUGCCAAUCGAGAAUUUCAAACAUUGAUUACUUGAGUUUCAAUGAGAAACUGUAGCAAAACGGAGACACCUAAAGUUAAUGAUCAGUCAGGGGGAUCUAUCACCUCUCUAAUGAUCAGUAAACAGGGGGAAAGCUAUCCUCUUUGAGGAAUUAUAUUUUUUAUCCCAGUAAGGAUUAUCCUGAACAUCCAAACUUCAGGAAAAUGUGCUCAAUGAAGUCCUCAGUAAGGACAUGAAGGCGAUUUUUGAAAAGGUUUUUUGCAAAUUUCUUGAUCCCUUUCGAGACAAUGCUCAUUUCAGCUGGAAAAUGACGAUUCUGUGAAGUCGAUAGUUGUAAUGUCAGGAAAAGAAAACAGUUUCGUCGCCGGCGCCGACAUCAACAUGCUCAAAGCUGUGAAAAGUGCAUCUGGAAUCGAGAAUUUGAGCAAGUAGGCCGUGUUUCUGUUCACCUAUAACUUUCUGAGGAGGCUGAAAAUAUUGCAGUAGACGAUGUUUACGUUGAGUUUCGUUAGAAGUUCUUGAAAAAAAAAAAAUUAUUUUCUUUAGUUUAAUGGGAUAAAGGAAUUUUUUUUAGUUUUGAUCUUUCUCGUGAAGCGCUGAUUGACGUCUUUGAAUGUAUUGAGUUCGAGAGAAAACUCGAAAAAAGUUGAUAUUUUGCAGAACUCUCCAAGUAAUUUGAACAAGCUUUUUGUAAUUGUUUUAAAUUUGAAAAAAUACGCAAAAUAACUAACUGGAAGGUUGUUUUCAGAGAUGGUCAAGAACAGUUUUUGCGAAUCGAGAAUUCGAAGAAACCUGUGGUGGCGGCUAUCAUGGGAAGUUGUAUGGGCGGAGGCCUGGAGCUGGCUUUGGCUUGUCAUUAUCGGAUCGCCGUCAACGACAAGAAGACCCAGCUCGCUCUACCAGAGGUUCCGAUAUUUAUCUAUAUUUUAAAAUCAAUAGUUAUCCUUUUGCAUAAAUCACAACUCUAUUUACCACUAAAACUUCACAAAAAUGAAUUUGAAAAAUUAGAAAUUUUGAAGUGAGAUUAAGAGAACGGAAUAUAUGUUUCAAAAUUUAUUGAAAGUUUUAUAAUAAUCUCCAAUAGGUGAUGCUGGGUCUCCUUCCGGGCGCUGGCGGAACUCAACGACUUCCGAAGCUUGUCAACAUUCAGAACGUCUUGGACAUGACGCUCACCGGCAAGAAAAUCAAAGCUGAUAAGGUUAUUUUGCCAACUUUGUUCUAUACCUAUUUUAAUCUAUCGGUGAUACAUAUAUAGCUUUCAACUUGAGACACUUUAUUUGGAAUAGUUUUUGUAAUUGAUAAUUGAAACCAAAUCGAGCAAAUCUUCAAAGCACACCUAGAUAGAUAAGUAGAAGCUGCCUUUUUAACGGCGCUAAUGUAUUUUUCCUAACUUGAUUCUCCUUCAUAGGCGAAGAAGAUUGGAUUGGUCGACCAAGUGGUUCAGCCGCUGGGCGACGGUCUGGCUCCUGCCUCGACCAACACUCACAGGUAUCCCCUGUGUUCUCUGCUUAUUCCAGCUUUUGAAUCGCAGGUAUCUCGAGAAAGUCGCUGUCGAGACAGCUCGGAACAUUGCCAACGGAUCCUUCAAGAUCAACCGAGAGAAGGCUGUCGUUCAGAAGCUAACGGAGAUGGUUUUUUUUUUGACAAAAGUCCACUGGAUUCAUAUGAAAAUAUUAGGUGAUGAACAACCGUUUGAUGCUUGACAACGUCGUGAUGAAGAUGGCUAAGGAUAAGGUGAGAAUGAUAUGAAUUUCGCGAUAUAUCAAUCAAUCGAUUGAAGGUCAUGAAACAAACGGCUGGUAAUUAUCCGGCGCCGUUGAAGAUCUUGGACGUGGUCCGGACCGGAAUCGUCAGUGGAGCCGAAGCGGGAUACGCUGCAGAAGCCAAGGUGAGCCUAUUCAAAAAAACUCGGAAAGUCAGAAGAUCCCUUGUAAUCGUUCUUAGAUGAAGAAAGCAUAGUAGGUGGAGUUUAUCUUCUUUCAAAGCUUCACGUAGUUUUUAUCUUUAAAAAAUGUAUUGUUGUUCCAUCAUUGAGCGAAAUUUUCACUUAUAACUAUGUCUGAGAAACAUGAGUGAAAUUCAAAUAAAAUAGACGUGUCAAAAGACCUUUCUGUCUGAUAUUUUUCCUUUUUUUUCAAUGCAUUCAGGUCUCUUUUUGCUAAAAACCCCGAAUAAAUGAUAAAAGUGUAAAACCCGAUAUUCUUUUAUAAGCUAUAUCCGAUGCACACACUUGAAUCACAGGCUUUCGGAGAGCUCUCGCAAACUUAUCAGUCGGCCGCGUUGAUCGGCCUUUUCAACGGCUCGACCGAGUGCAAGAAGAACAAGUACGGGAAAGGUCUACCUGUGAAGUGAGCCAUUUUCCCCUAACCAUGAUCAUCCACUCUUGGCUUCAGCGAGGUGGCCGUCAUUGGAGCCGGACUCAUGGGCGCCGGCAUCGCAAAUGUCACGAUCGACAAGGGCGUCAAGACUGUCCUGCUCGACAUGAACCAAGACGUUCGUUUCCCGCUUCUCUGUCCAACUACUUCUCUGUGCACCUUCAGGGCUUGAACCGAGGUCAUAAUCAGAUUGCGACUCAUUUGAACGGUCAACAGAAGCGCAGAAAGAUCAACGGUCUUGAGAAAGAAAGGUUUGUCAUAAUCAAAAUGGUGUUCCACUCGUUCUUUGACUCUUAAUUUCAGAAUACUGAAUAACUUGAUUCCAUCCGUCAACUACGCGGAUAUAAAGAAUGCUGAUCUCGUCGUAGAAGCUGUUUUCGAGGAUUUGGCCUUGAAGCACAAGGUCAUCAAGCAGAUCGAGAGCAUCGUUGGAAAGGUUCGCUUUCGUUUUCGUAAAGUAAAUGCAGAACCAAGAAGAUUUGCCAAUUUUUAGCUCGAUCAGGUUUCCAUUUUCUUUUUGAUUACCGGUGAUGUAAGCUUUAGAAGUUGCGAACUUUUAAGCUCAAAAUUUGAUCUUAGAGAGUUUUUCAACAAAUUUUGUCCUUUUCAGAAUAUAAUAACCCUUUUUAUGUUCACUUUGACAGGUUGCGUUGUUCGAGUUUCAAAAAAUAACUGAAAAAAAAAAUUUACAAGUGUUUCAAGUCAAAGAGGGCAUAUGUUGUAUUUUGGCUCUGAAAAAUAUUUAUUUUAACUUGUAGUACUUCUGUGGUUAUUAUUCAUCUGAUGUCCAAACUGUGAACGGUCGUUUUCCAGCACACCAUCAUCGCAUCGAACACUUCGGCCCUUCCCAUCAAGGAUAUCGCGGCCGCUUCUUCCCGACCGGACAAGGUUCAUUCUUAUCAUCAUUUCCUUGAAAGGCAAAGGGACUGCAGGUCAUCGGAAUGCACUACUUUUCUCCCGUCGAGAAGAUGCAGCUUUUGGAAAUCAUCGUCCACGACGGCACCUCGAAGGAAACUCUCGCAACGGCCGUCCAACUCGGCCUGAAGCAGGGCAAACUCGUCGUCGUCGUCAAGGUUUCCGUUGUUUGCGUCUACCUUCUCACCGCAUCUUUUUUUUUCAGGAUUGUCCUGGCUUUUUCGUCGUUCGCUGCUUGGGCCCGAUGAUGUCGGAAGUUGUGCGGCUCUUGCAAGAAGGCGUGUCUCCGACCGACCUCGAUAAGCUCACCACCAAGUUUGGCUUCCCGGUUGGAGCCGCCACUCUCGCCGAUGAAGUAUUUUUUGGAUUCUUUUUUUUUCGACGAGUCAGAAAUUCGGCAAACCGUCGCUUCAUCUCCGAAAUAUACGAUAACCCAAAGCUUUGAAUCAUUGCAAAAGAGCUUAGGCAUUUUUCGCCUCUUUGAAGUUAUCCAAAAUACCAAAAGCGCUAGAUAUUUAUUUCAAUUGUUGGAAGUUUCAUUUUGGACUUUUUCAUAGAAUCGAUCAAUCUUGGUCUGAUUUGAGUCAGUUUUUCAACGAUCGUUAGAUUUGAAAAAAUAAGUUUCGACAUGAAAAAGGUGAAAAUUGAUGAAAAACUCAAAAGUCUUUCAAAAUUUGAUGGAUAGGUUGUCGGUGAUUUCGAAGACGCCGACACUUCUGAGACGCACCAUAACAAGUUUUAUUUGUAUAUUCGAAUGAUUUGUUCCCGGAGAAAUUCACUCGGAGACUUUGAAGGUUGGUCUGGAUGUGGCCGCCCACGUUGCCGAGUUCCUCGGGAAAGCUCUCGGACCCCGAGUCCAAGGAGGCUCUCCAGCAGUCCUCAUCGACGCUGUCAACGCUGGAUUCAAAGGAAAGAAGACCAAUAAAGGUUUUUUUCUCCAAGGCGUGUUUUCAAAGAGAAGGACAGGUAUCUACUCCUACGCCGACGGUAAGAAGGGCAAGAAGGUGAACGAAGACGCUUCGAAGAUUCUUCAGAAGUACCGCGUCUCGCCAGUCGCUGAAUGGUUUCCUUUCCUCAUUCUUCCACCUUUUUAUUACUCAAUUUAGCUCUUCUGUGGAGGAUCAACAGCUGAGAAUCGUGUCGCGGUUUGUCAACGAAGCUGUUUUGUGCCUUGAGGAAGGAGUCAUCGCUUCGCCGGUCAGUUUUUUGCGAUUUUCGGUUUACUCGGUUUGGGAGCAGAAUGAAAUAGGCUGUGUAGAUUGACAUUAUCACUAAACCAUUAUUUUGAUGCGAAAAGCGUUCUUGUUACUUUGAAUAUUUUGAACGGACAUUUCAGUCCGACGGCGACAUCGCCUCGGUGUUCGGAAUCGGCUUCCCGCCAUUCUGGGGCGGUCCGUUCAGAUUCGUCGACCUCUACGGCGCAGACAAGCUGGUCAACGCGAUGGACAGAUUCGCUGCCGCCUACUCCAAGGAACAGGUGAACGACUUUCCAUACUUCUCCUUUUUCGUUUCCAAUCAGUUUACAUACGAAUUCUCUUUCAGUUCAAUCCCUGCCAACUGUUACGAGAACAUGCCAAAACAGGGAAGAAGUUCUACAAUUAG